GAUUGGUCGCACUCUCCUAAUAGACAUGGAGGUAUCUACGCAUUGUAUGGUGUCGGCUACUAAAAACAGUAUUUUGGUGUUGUUUUUUGUCCUGCUGAUAGGUAAAGGUAACCGCUGGAAUUGAUAAAUAAAUCAUUAGGUCAAAUAUCGUUAGCCCCUCGCCAUUCAGUGUUAAAUAAUUUAUAGCUAAGCGCGAUAAGUUUGCUAACUAGCUAAUGUUGUUGUUCAGGUUCUAGCAGUCACAUGUAUUGUAAAGUUCUGUACAGUUUGCAUCUGGGGGAAAUAAUAAAAGACGUCUGCAGGAGACACAUUUUAUUGGAAAAAUAAGUGGAACUGAAAUGGCGACUGAGCAGUCUGAUUGGACCAAGGAAAAUCUCCAGAAGCUUUUUGCUGCAAUGAAAACCAGCAUAUCAGAACAGAACAGAAUGUGUGCAUAUUCAAAAGGACUGAAACAAAUGGACUGGAAAAGGGUGGCUUUUCCCCCUUUCUCUCCUGAAGCGUGCAAAGAAAAGUGGGGAGAAAUAUUGCAGAAGAUGCGCAAGAUUCGAAGCCUCACAGAGCUCAUUGCUGAAGCUGAAGAUGUCGUUUCUAACAAACAGGAAAGUGAACAGCGCACUGAAGAUGGAGAUGGCCUGCCUCCCAAGCCUCCUUUCAAUGGCUAUAAUCUAUUCUGCAAAGAGCAAUUGACAUCCAUGUCGGGCGUCUCAAGAAAUUCCUUUGUGACUGUAUGGGCCAAACGUUGGCAGAAUCUGACUGAGAGACAGAAGCACGAGUAUAGGCAACGCAGCAAAGAGUUGAAGACGCAGUACUCCAUCAAGCUGAACAAAUAUCUAAUGACUCUGGAUGAGGAAGAGCAGCAGCGCAUCCUAGAUAAACAUGGUAUCAAAAGACCUAAGAUCUCGAAAAGAAAAAAGGUUGAAUGUAAACUUCCAGGUGAGCCCAAGAUGUCAUCUAGAAGUGGCUUGUCAAUUUUCUUACGAGAUCAGAGGAGACUUCUGAAGGAGAAAUUCCCAGACUCAAAGACGUGUUUCAUCAAGGUCAUCCAUAUGUGGAAGAACCUCUCCAAUGAGGAGAAGGAACACUACAGAAAGAAAGUAAAUGAAAACUCAGAAAAAUACUCGAUGGCCCUGCAGAGGUGGUUUCAGACAUUGAAGCCAGAGGAGCAGAAAGCCUAUCUGACGAAUAACCCGAAGAAAUGCAGGUACCUCGGGGAGAUCAUACAGAAAUUCAAUGACAGAAAAGAAAUCCAGCUCAGACCGUCAGAUUCAGAAGAUGAGGACAUUGAGGACAGCAGCAGUGAUGAAGAAGAGGAUGAGGAGGAUGAAAAGGAAGAAGAAGAAGAAGAAGAUGAUGAUGACAUCACAUUUGACAUGUAUUAGAUGGUGAUAAGAUGGACAGCAAGAGCGGCGCGCGCACACACACACACACAUACACACAAACAUAUACGUUCAGAGCUGGAUUCUGGAUUUGAGACGAUGGACGCUUGCUCGAGAGGCUGACUUAGAGCCUCACUGUUUGAAGGCCAUAUUAGCCAGAAGUUUGCCAUCACCUGUGCUCCUGUGAAUUGUGCCACAACCAAGGCUGGAUUACAAAGCCCCCUAGUAGCCCAGACCCCCGGGUCCACAAUACUCCAAGCUUUACCUAGUUUGUGGCUGUCUUGUUUUGUAUGGAACGAAUGGUAAGCACACUGGUAUGCUAUUUCUGUGAUUUUAUUAAAUGUACUGUGCAAGCAACA